UUGGCUCCCGGGAAAGAUUUCAGUCCUCGGGGAAAGAGGGCUUAGUUUUGCAUGUUCCCAUCCAUCCUGCACGACGCGAAAGGGCCCCUUAUCCACCUCUCCUGUGUACGAGGAACACCUCCACUGGUGAUCAGCCUUCGCCCGUGUUUGUCUUGCGGAGAAGCAGCAGCAGCGGCAAGCAGCAGCACCUUUUUUCUGCAGGAGUGGGGUUUUUUUUUUUAAACUCAACAAGAAGUCCUGAAGGUUUUGGAUGCGGGUGCUUCAGGGAUGUGGGCACUUUGAGAGCAGCAGCAUCAUCACCCGCGCACACAAACAACUGCCAUCGAUUUUUCUGUGAAUAGCACGAAAAAAGAAAGAAGAGAAAAGACCUUUUUAAAAAAAAAACAAAGAGGAACACUAGCAAGAAAAAAAAAAAAAAAAAAAAAAGGGGAAAGAACCUUGUCUAUUGAACAAUUCACUUUUGCAGUCUGUGGAUAUCGCUCUAACUAAGUGCAGCACUUUGAGAAUUGUUCACAUCGGACGGACUGAAGAGGGAGGCAAGACCUGUGGACCGGGUUUGUCCCUCGCAAGUGUGAUUCGGCUUCUUAUCCCGUGACAACAGCGACGCGCACCACACAAAAAAAGAAGAAGCAGCCCUGAAGGAUAAACACGCUUGGACGUUUAUUUUCCGCUAAUUUUCGCAGGAGGCUCCCCUUUUCCACGCAAAUUGUCCUAAAUGUUUGGGAUUCAGGAAACUAUACCGCGCGGUGGGACGACGAUGAAGGAGGAACCGCUGGGUGGACUGAACUCGGUCCGCUCCUGGAUGCACACAGCUGGGGUGGUGGACGCAAACACAGCCGCCCAAAGCGGUGUCGGCUUGGCACGGGCACAUUAUGAAAAGCAGCCCCCUUCCAACCUCAGAAAAUCCAAUUUUUUCCAUUUCGUCCUGGCGCUGUAUGACAGGCAGGGUCAGCCCGUGGAGAUCGAAAGGACAGCUUUUGUGGACUUUGUGGAGAAGGACAAAGAACCAACCAGUGAAAAAACUAACAAUGGGAUUCAUUACAAACUACAGUUAUUGUACAGCAAUGGCGUCAGAACAGAACAGGAUCUUUACAUACGGUUAAUCGAUUCCAUGACGAAGCAGGCCAUCAUUUAUGAGGGCCAAGACAAGAAUCCAGAAAUGUGCAGAGUUCUUCUUACCCAUGAAAUUAUGUGCAGCCGAUGCUGUGACAAGAAAAGCUGUGGAAACAGGAACGAGACUCCAUCAGACCCUGUGAUCAUUGACAGAUUCUUCCUAAAGUUCUUCCUCAAGUGCAAUCAGAACUGUCUGAAGAAUGCAGGGAAUCCACGAGAUAUGCGCAGAUUCCAGGUUGUCGUAUCGACGACCGUCAAUGUGGACGGCCACGUCUUGGCUGUCUCCGACAACAUGUUCGUACACAACAAUUCCAAGCACGGGCGAAGGGCUCGCAGACUCGACCCUUCAGAAGCCACCCCGUGCAUCAAGGCAAUCAGCCCUAGCGAGGGAUGGACCACUGGAGGAGCCACUGUCAUCAUCAUAGGGGACAACUUCUUUGAUGGCCUACAAGUCGUGUUCGGCACCAUGCUCGUAUGGAGUGAGCUCAUAACUCCCCACGCCAUCCGCGUCCAGACUCCACCUCGGCACAUCCCCGGUGUUGUGGAAGUCACGCUGUCCUACAAGUCCAAGCAGUUCUGCAAAGGUGCCCCUGGGAGAUUUGUCUACACUGCCCUGAAUGAGCCGACCAUCGACUACGGCUUCCAGAGGCUGCAGAAGGUCAUCCCCAGACACCCCGGCGAUCCUGAGAGGUUACCAAAGGAGGUGUUACUGAAGAGGGCGGCCGAUCUUGUUGAAGCCCUGUAUGGAAUGCCCCACAACAAUCAGGAGAUCAUUCUGAAGAGGGCAGCUGACAUCGCCGAGGCCCUGUACAGCGUUCCUCGCAACCACAACCAGAUCCCCUCGCUCGCUAACACAGCCUCCCACGGCAUGAUGGGAGUCAACUCCUUCAGCAGCCAGCUAGCAGUCAAUGUGUCUGAGUCACAAGGGAACGACCAAGUGGGCUACAGCCGGAACACCAGCAGCGUGUCCCCCCGGGGCUACAUCUCCAGCAGCACCCCGCAGCAGUCGAGCUACAACACCGUCAGCAACAGCAUGAAUGGCUACGGCAAUGCCGGUAUGAACCUGGGAGUGCCAAGCUCCCCUGGGUUCCUCAACGGAUCCUCUGCCAACUCCCCAUAUGGAAUUAAACAAAAGAGCGCCUUCGCCCCUGUGGUCCGACCCCAGGCCUCCCCACCCCCCUCCUGCACCAGCGCCAAUGGCAACGGACUGCAAGGUGAGCCCCCCUCACCCCCUCAUCCCUUCCCCACGGACUACUGGUCAGAUACCGCUGCUCAGGCCUCUGUCCGGUUUGCCAUGUCCGGCCUGGUUGUCCCUCCAAUGUAAAUGCACUUUCAUCAUCUCAAGCACCAGUCUACCACUUCAGAGGACAACCCCCCGCCCC